AUGUGCGUGGUGUGUGCAUCCGGAUUUGAGUUUUGUGUCAUUGGACUGUUGCUAAAGGGUGUUCAUUGCACCACACUCAAAUGGGAGCAUGGCUGCCAGUGGCAACCAGACAUAGUCGUUGGUGCCGAUGUGGUGUAUGACCCAGAUGCGGUGCCUUGUUUGUGUGGAGUUGUGUCAUCUGUGCUGUCAUCAAGGCAUGGGGCUGGGUCUGAGCCUUGCCAAGAUGGUGGUCAGGGCGUGGCAUACAUCUUAAAUGUUGUUCGGAAUCCCGCUACAUUCGAGAAGUUCACAGACGCAGCUGCACAGCGGGGAUUGGCCAUUGAGGACAUUUCAGAGGAAUUGGUUGGAAUGCACAUGAAGUUCCAAUUCCCCCCCUGUCAGUACCAGCAAAGUGCCUUUGUUAUGCAUCGUUUAUCUUUAAAACAUUGA